AUGUUCGCAAAAAUCGCGCUUUUCGGGCUUUUAAUCGUCAGUGCCUUAGCUAGAUCUACUAGCUUCACGGACCAAAACUCCAUUACCGAAAAUGAAAUUCCGCGAGCUGCCGAUUCGUACUCGUACAUGACCGACUUCAGAUAUUUGUUUAAAAUAUACCAGGAAUGUUCGUCGCAGGAUGUAUCCUCGUGCCUGAAAUUGAAACUAUUGGCCGCCCUUGAUAGAGCGUCAAGAAGCUACAACCUAAAUAUCUUAGAUGGUGUUACAUUUGUUAAGGAUCCUAAUGCCGAUGUUAAGAAUGAAGCUCCAAAAACUGAAGCCGAAAUUGAGGCCAACUUGCCUCGAUCUUUAGGAGAAAAGGAUGAAGCUCUAACUGGACUUAUCUUUAGUAAGAUUAAAUUGCCAUCCUCCUCCGACAUUGCCCGCAGUUUCAGCGAAGAAGAAGGAAGGGGCAAAAAAGGCAAAAAAGGUGGUGGCGCCAUGAUGCUCCUUCCUUUGAUCCUUGGAGGAACCCUAGUUCCAUUAGCACUUGGUGCUCUAGCUCUUCUAGCUGGAAAAGCCCUUAUCAUCUCCAAAUUGGCUCUUGUACUUGCUGGUAUUAUUGGACUUAAAAAAUUAUUGUCGGGCCAGUCUGGACACCACGAUUCCGGGCAUGUUGAAGUAAUUUCUGGACACCAUGGAUCUGGCUGGGGAAGGUCGUAUGAAAAAGAAGAAGCCGCUAAGCUGGCUUAUCAGGCAUAUGAACCCAAAAAAGAAAGAUAA